AACUCGUCAGCCUUGUUUCAUCCAGUUCCAAAACAUGGCUAAGAUAUCUUUCUUGUUGUUUUCUUUGUUCAUAAUAGUAGCUUCUGCAAUUAUCAAUGGGUCAGAAGCAAAGGAGAAGGUUGGGAUAUAUGAGCUGAAGAAAGGCGAUUUGUCUGUUAAAUUCACGAACUGGGGAGCAACUAUUGUUUCUGUCAUAUUCCCCGAUAAAUAUGGUAAACUGGGUGAUAUUGUUCUGGGAUAUGACUCGGUCAAGGAGUAUAUGAAUGAUACGUCGUAUAUUGGUUCCAUUGUUGGAAGGGUUGCAAACAGAAUAGCAGGGGCUCAAUUCACUCUGAACGGAGUCCAUUACAAAUUGGUCCCCAAUGAAGGCAAAAACAUGCUUCAUGGUGGACCUGUUGGAUUUAGUGAUGUUGUAUGGAAAGUAAAGAAAUACAAGAAAGAUGGUUAUGCUCCUUCCAUUGUGUUUGCAAAUCAUAGCUUUGAUGGUGAAGAAGGAUUUCCUGGUGCACUGGAGGUAACUGUGGCCUACACCCUUCACCCAGGCAACAGGCUGAGCGUCAAGAUGAAAGCUAAAGCUCUAAACAAGGCCACGCCAGUGAACCUAGUACAACACACGUAUUGGAAUCUCGGCAACCACAACAGCGGCGACAUCUUAUCGGAACAACUCCAGCUUUUCGCUUCCCACUACACUCCAGUCGACAGCCAACUCAUCCCCACAGGCGAAAUAGCCACCGUAAAAGGAACGCCUUAUGAUUUCCUCAAACCCCACACCGUGGGAAGCCGGAUCGACAAACUUACCAAGGGAUACGAUAUCAACUAUGUCAUAGAUGGUGCUCCUGGAAAGCUGAAGAAAACUGCCAUUGUUAAAGAUGAUAAAACGGGGAGAGUGAUGGAAUUGUUUACCAAUCAGCCUGGUGUUCAAUUUUAUUCAGCUAAGUUCCUGAAAGAUGUGAAGGGGAAAGGUGGAUAUGUUUAUCAACCUUUUGGAGCUUUUUGUUUGGAUACUCGAGCUUUUCCGGAUUCCGUUAAUAAUCCAAACUUUCCUUCCACUAUUAUUUAUCCUGGAAAAGAUUAUAAGCAUGUUAUGGAGUUCAAGUUUUCAAUUUCAUCUUAGAGAAGAAACCAAGAUCCUG